AUGUCGCUGCCCAGUGACUAUCGCAACGAAAUCUCCGCCCUCGAUCGCGAAGUGAAGAAGCAGCAGCCCGACGACAUCCUCCAGUUCUGUGCCACCUUCUUCCAGCGCCGCCUCGAGAGCCAGCGCGCCGAGUUCCGCCUGUCGCAGCGCCACGCCAACACCCCGGGCAUGCCCGCCAGCAACUUCCCUGGCAGCAAUCCCUUUGGUAACACUGCUGCCGCCGCUGGCAUGGCCUCGGUGGCAGAAGAGGAGGAACACGACAUCACUUCCCCCACCUCUGCCUCCGGCCCCUUCUCCCCCACCGCCAACAACGCCAACCCCGCCAGGAACAUGGACAACAACUCGAGCGGCGGCGGCGGCGCCUUUGGCAAUUUUGGCAACUUCGGCUUCGGUGCGCCCGCGUCCUCGCGAGGCCAGGACCCUCCGGCAUCCGUCUCCGCCGGUGCCAUGGAUCAUCCCCAAUCUUUCCCCAGCAACUACAACAUGAACCGCCGCACUUCCGUCUCCGCCGAAUCCCUCGCCCCCGCCUCCGCCGACGACGCCAAUUGGAAGGCACCCUACUACGCCAAAACCCCCGACCAGGUCGCCCGCCUGCGCACCGCCGUCAGCCACAACUUCCUCUUCUCCCACUUGGAUGACGAGCAAUCUGCCCAAGUGCUCGGAGCAUUGCAAGAGCGCAAGGUGCCCGCCAAAGACGUGCGAGUGAUUGAACAGGGUGACGCGGGCGACUACUUCUACGUUGUCGAGCAGGGCACCUUUGACAUCUACGUCUCCUCCACUGGCAAGGCCGAGGCCGGCCCGGCUGGCUUGGGCAACAAAGUGGCCACGAAUGGACCCGGCACCUCCUUCGGCGAGCUGGCGCUCAUGUACAACGCGCCCCGCGCCGCCACCGUCGUCUCCACCGAGCCCAGCGUGCUGUGGCAGCUCGACCGCGUCACCUUCCGCCGCAUCGUCAUGGACAGCGCCUUCCAGCGCCGCCGUAUGUACGAGUCCUUCCUGGAAGAGGUGCCGCUGCUCAAGGACCUCACCUCCUACGAGCGCAGCAAGAUUGCCGACGCCCUCGAGACCAGCAAGUACCCGGCCGGCAGCACCAUCAUCACCGAGGGCGACGUGGGCGACAAGUUCUACAUGCUCGAGAGCGGCGAGGCCGACGCGUACAAGCGUGGUGUCGACCAGCCCGUCAAGCACUACAAGAAGGGCGACUACUUUGGCGAGUUGGCCUUGUUGGAAGACCAGCCUCGCGCGGCGAGUGUGAUGAGCACUUCGGAGGUCAAGGUCGCGACGCUGGGCAAGGACGGCUUCCAGAGGUUGUUGGGGCCCGUGGAGAACAUCAUGCGCCGGGACGAUCCGAGGAAGCUGGAGGACAGCGUAGACCCGCUGAGAUGA